CUGUGUGCCUGGCUCCUGUUCGCUUCUCCUCUACAGGGACUCCGGUUUUCAGAGUGUGAGGGUGUGUGAGAGAAGCAGCGGGGCCACCGGCGACGAGCGCCGCUUCUGAGGAGCGGAGGAUGGGGGCAAGGCGGAGACAGGAGUCGGAGAAGCAGUAACGCCUUCAGGCUCAGGCGGAAAGCACGGCUGCCCAAGUUUGUCUUCUCGGUCACUUCAAACACCGCUGAGACGAGUUCUGAAGACUGAAGCUGGUAGAGCGUGUAGACUCGGGCUUUUCAAGGCGUUUCAGCGGCGGUAUGUGAGUGAGUGAGGCAGACGGAGUUUGAGCUGUGUGUGAACGCGGUCAGGCUGCUGUGAGCACUAUGUCUUCGAGACAGGCGUCUCUGGAUCAGGAGGUUAAAAACGGAACGUCAAGAAAUGUGCUGGAGCGAUGCGCUUCAGUUAAUGAGUAUUUUGACAUUUCCUUCAAGGUGAUGCUGCUGGGCGACUCGGCUGUAGGGAAGACUUGCGUCCUGGUGCGCUUUAAGGAUGGUGCCUUUCUGGGAGGCAACUUCAUUGCCACCGUGGGAAUAGACUUUAGGAACAAGGUGGUGUCAGUGGAUAACAUGAAGGUCAAACUCCAGAUUUGGGACACGGCUGGGCAAGAGAGGUUCCGCAGUGUCACUCAUGCGUACUACCGAGAUGCACAAGCUCUCCUACUUCUGUAUGACAUUACAAGAAAGUCGUCAUUUGACAACAUCAGGGCCUGGCUGACUGAAAUUCAUGAGUAUGCACAGAAGGAUGUGGUCAUCAUGUUGCUUGGCAACAAGUCAGACAUGGCGGCUGAGCGAGUUAUCAAGCAUGAGGAGGGACAGAAGCUGGCUAAGGAGUAUGGCGUUCCCUUCAUGGAGACAAGUGCCAAGACUGGUCUUAAUGUGGAGCUUGCAUUCCAUGCUAUAGCAAGAGAGCUGACGCAGAGGGCAGCAAGUCAGCCUCAUGAGCCCAAGUUCCAGAUCCACGACUACAUCGAGUCCCAGAAGCAGAAGUCCAGCUGCUGUGGAGGACUUAUGUGACCACUCGCUCCUACACUUCAGAGAGCGAGAAAGGAAGGAUGUUAGAAAGAGGAACGGUGGACUGAUAACAGCAGAUAAUGUCAGAUAAAGAAAGCGAGUAAAAUGCUUGUUAGCUGGAUGUUUCUGUCUAGCAUUAAACCCAUCUGCCCUU